AUUAGACAAUGUUUUCGGUUAAGUGGAUGUGGUUAUUUGUGUUUUGAUUAUGGCAUACAAUUAUUUGCUUAUUAAUCCCGAUAGGUUUAUUUAUAAAUGAUUGUAUAAACAAAGUCCAUGGUCUUAUCGUGGGGUGGGCUUCAAUAAUGCAACAAUUCUUUGAAACAAAGAAAUGAAGUCGUUUCGUUUAAAAGUGCAUCAUAAAAAUUUUAGUGAGGAAGAUUUAAUAAUCAGCCAAAAAGACUACCCAGAAGCAAAAAAGAAUGACAUCAUUGAAAUCUAUCAUCCUGAAGAAGAGAGUCAAAAAUGCAAAAACAAAACAGAAUCAGAGGAAGAAUAUCCUAGACUCCUCCUUCAAAUCAAAUCAUUUUCUGACGAUUUGUUACAAACUAGAGAAACCGUAAGUGUGGAACAAAGCAUCGCAACUGCAUUUGGUCUCCAAACAUACAAAAAUGUGAAUAUCAGAUUGGUGAACCCAACAGAUGUGGCUCUAGAUUCUAUUGAGCUUACUUUCAAAGACCAAUACAUGGGUAGAUCUGAAAUGUGGAGGCUGAAAAACAGCUUGGUGAAUUCUUGUGUGUACAUGAACAAAAAAAUAGAAUUCUGUGGCGGUGCAGUGAGAUGUCAGGUGUACGAGAUGUGGGCCCAAGGCGAGAGAGUUGCAUGCGGCGUUAUCACGGAUGACACUAAAAUAGUCUUUAGAUCAUCCACCGCUAUGGUCUACAUUUUUCUACAAAUGUCGUCAGAAAUGUGGGACUUUGAUAUCUACGGUGAUCUCUACUUUGAAAAGGCUGUGAAUGGGUUUUUAGCGGAUAUGUUAACGAAAUGGAAGAAGAAUGGUAGUAACCAUGAGGUUACUAUAGUUCUGUUCUCCAGAACGUUCUAUAAGGCGGUCAGUUUGGAGGAAUUUCCGCAGCAUAUGAGAGAAUGCUUGCAGAGGGAUUACAGAGGCAGAUAUUAUGAGGAUUUUUAUAGAGUGGCUGUGCAGAAUGAGAGGUAUGACGACUGGAUCCCAAUUCUAGUCCAGCUGAGGAGGAUUUUCCAAAGCUAUCUCAAAUUCGUUCUAGAAUAUCACUCCAGACCAAAUAUAAAAAUACCUGAUGCUACAAAUAGUACAGCUGCUCAAGGGAACUUUUUGGAAGUGUUGAAUAUGUCAUUGAAUGUUUUCGAAAAGCAUUAUUUGGAUCGCAGUUUUGACAGGACCGGUCAACUUAGCAUUGUAGUUACUCCAGGAGUGGGCGUUUUCGAAGUUGACCGAGAGUUGACAAAUAUCACCAAGCAGAGAAUAAUUGAUAAUGGUGUUGGUAGCGAUUUAGUUUGCGUUGGAGAACAACCGUUACAUGCUGUUCCUCUUCUAAAGUUUCAUAACAAAGACACUCAUCUCAACGUACCUGACGACUACUCGAUGCCUCAUUGGAUAAAUUUAUCAUUUUACUCGACCAAUAAGAAAAUUCCAUAUUCUACUUUUGUACCGAGGAUCAAACUGCCACCCCCACUUCCCGACGGAAAUAUCAAAAGAGAAUCUUCACCGAAACCAAAGCUCCUUCAAGAAGGAGAAUACAUUCACAAUACGUUUUUCGAUUAUGAUGCUUACGAUGCUCAGGUGUUUCAAAUGCCGCCGCCACACCAUUCAGCAGAAACCAGUGUGGUCCAUCACAAAGCACCAACAAGGUACAAAAGAAGCUCAGGUAGUCUGUUGGAUUCCUCAGAGGUAGCAAAGGGCCAACGCAGGAAAAUGUCAGAUCCUGACAUAUACAGGACGAAUUCCCAUACACGAUCCGAACCAAUAGCUAUACCUUCUGCCACAUAUAGCCCUCUCGUUUCUCCGCAUGGUGAAGAUGGAGUACCCGAGAAAGAGUUGUCACCACCCUCACGCAUGGUAGUAGGUUCCGAGGGUUCGCCACCAGUUGAAUCAAGAGCUCUAAUUAACCCUUUCGACCCGUCUCAUGUUACUAUCAAACUGACCUCUAACAGAAGGCGAUGGACUCACAUAUUUCCCAAAGGGCCCACCGGUGUGCUCAUACAACAGCAUCAUUACCAGGCUGUCCCUGCUCAAAGGGAUAGAGGCAGUCAAGAUGCAGACUUGAGCAAAGAUACUGGGUGCGGUAUAGGAUCAUUUAGGGCAUUGCAGGCGUUACAAGAAUAUGUGAAAAAACGUCCGAAUGUGCAUAACACCAGCCACAACACGUCGACUGUUCCGAAGUAUUCUACAAAAAACUCAACCUUGCUCUGGGGUGUCACAGGCGAACAAGAAUGGACUCCCGCCCUAACAACUGUCAAUGACAUUCUCAUAGGUGUGGAUUGGAAGUCUCUUACUAUACCAGCGUGUCUACCAAUCACAACGGACUAUUUUCCCGACAAGAGGGCUCUGAAUAUAGACUACGUGGUGUCGCUGUACAGUUUGCUGCCUGACACUGUUAACGCUGAUUUCGCUCAGCAGAGGUCGUGUUACAAACGGCCUCUGUCCACUGACGAGGUGUUUAGGGAAUUGAUAUCUCAACGGCUGGCCCAAGGGUUCCAGCUCAUAUUGAUGGCAGACAAUAAUCUCGAACUAAACAACAUUAUGACUGCCCCAAAUCCGAAAAUGAGAAGCAGCGUUGUAAGAAAAAGUCCAACAGAGGAAGACGAAAGCUAUUUUUUAUCCAUCGGCAGAUUAUUCCAUAAAAUUUCGUUAUCCGGGAACACUAUUUCUGUAACGAGAUACAGACCAAGGCAUCCAUAUCCGGGCUUCAACUAUCAAUAUCGCUACAGAUUUUACGCCCCAUGUCAUGACAACUACGAAGAAUCUUUUGCAACGUUUACAACCGAGAAACUGGAACAUUACAACUGGAAUUAUUUGGAUCAUUACGUGUGCACGGGUGGUGACACUGAAUUUGAACUAGUCGACGCCUUGAAAUAUUGGAGGUUCCGUGUGUACUUGCUUCCGCUGAACAACCAAGCGACCAAAAAAAUUAUCGACGGCGCAGAUCACUGCGACCUGUACACCUUUCCUACGAACACCGACCAUCAACAGAUGGUAGAUGGGUACCUCAAGUUCCUUGAAACUGCUGUCAACAAAAUUAAACGGUCACCGAUAUCGAAAAAGGCCAGAAUGUCACUGAGCAUAGUAAGCAUCCCACCCACCUUGGCUCAGCGUAGGCGUAACAGUAUGAGCAAUUUUAACCAGAACAUCAAUUCUAGUUCGCCGUUCAGAGAGAGGCUAGGUUCCAAUAGACUGCCAGAUCGUCCUAGGCCCAGAAUACUCCUGGUCGCUCGAGUGAGCGGCAUAUGCCCGCGUUUAGAUCAGGCUCGAAAGUGCUGGAUCGAAGCAGAACAUCCCAAGGGUCCCAGGAGUCAACCUCGGAGCUCAAGGAAGGCCACGAAACACCAUCAGAAGAGAGUACGCCUGUGCCCAUAACCCUUCUGAAACAGAACGCUACGUCUGCCGAAAUCGUGGAGGCCAUGAAACAUCCGACAGCCGGCCUCUCGUUCAUCAAUCUGCAACCGAAUCUGCCGAAUUUGACGUUCGUGACAGGCGAGGCUGUCAAUUGGUUAAUGACUCACAUGGAGGACGUUACAACAGUGGAACAAGGCGUGCAUAUCAUGCAAACUUUACAUAAGGAGCAAAUGAUCUGUCAUUGUUCAGGUGACGUCACCAGACCGUUUCUAUACGGGUUUUACGUGUUCUUCUUGGCACCUACCGAUAAGGAUGAUAAAGAUUCGUUUCAACCUUGCGGUGACCUUCAAAUCUUCGAAAACGAAUGGAUGGAAGUAGAAGUGAAACCGGCGUUAAACUGGGGUCUAGCGGUGACUCCUACACACAUGCAAGUUCCGAAUAGAUACUCGGACAGAGACAGCGGCGUGCCUCAUUUUCUCUGUGAAGACAUCGACGCGGAAUAUUCUGACUGUGAUUAUAACGGACCAAUGUUCAAACGAAUGAGAUUAGAGACUGAUGUGCAGAACAAAAGCGAUAGAGUCGAAUGGGGCCACGCGCGGUAUCAAACAGUUUUUAGGCCUGAUCAGGCCUACGAAUUGGUCGUGGAGUGGCUCACUUCUUCGGGGUCAAUCAUCUAUGAAUUGUUAGCAGGUUGGCACAGGAAAGCCCAAGCGUGUAAUCUGCAAAUGAUUCCGAUACCACACGAUCCUCUGGCCCUGCCUUAUUCCAACAAAUCAGACCCUCUGAGAGGUCCCAUUUUUGUGCCUUUGAACCUGAGAUGUUUAGAGGACGAUAACGACAAAUUAUUCAAAGAAUUCCGAAUAGAGACGUACGUAGAACGCCUGUUCCUAUUCCAAGAAGCAAUACUUCAACGUUUCGGAUUUAUUCCAUGCCAAGUCGAACCGGCGAAUAAGACGUGCGCGUCUCACGAACAUCAGUACAUCCAUGCCACUGGUACCAUAUUCAUCCUAGUUUCAAGUGCUGCACCUAAGGUAAGAAACAGGGUGAAUAUGUCGCUCAGCUAUGCUAGAAGGUAUUCUAUCCAUGCUGACGUGGUACCAAGCCCCCAUGAGGAGUAUAUUACCAGACAUGUGUCAGGCAAGAACAAAGACGAUUAUGAUAACAGCAGAAAGAUGGGUUUUCUCUGGUGCUGGAAUCACCUGUUGAGCAAAAGAUGGCGGACGAACCAAGCGGUAGAUUCGAAUUUGCAACUGAAAAUUCUGAAAGAUUUUCGGGACUUCUGCAAUAAUGCUGAAGAUAGAUUGAGGACGUUCUGGUUAGAUAGCUGGCUCACAAAGGCGAAAGAUUCUUCGUCCUUCACAAAGGCGAAAUAUUCUUCGUCCUUUUACAAUGUCGGCAACGGCAGAAGUCCGUCGUGAUAUACUCAUCAUUGUGAUAUAUUUCUGUAAUUAUAAUCUUAUUUUAAAUCUAUUAUACUGUUUAUACAUAGGAAAGUAUAAAUGAUUGUUUUUAAUUAUUUUUUUAUAAGGAUAAAUUAGUCGUCAGUGGUUAAGUGAUCGGUUGAUGAUUUAUCAAAUAAAAGUGUAUUUUAC